GACCGCCGCCAUGGAGGCUGCUCUAGUGCCCGCCCCGCGACCCGGAACCGCUUCGCGGCGCGGCGCCUUCCCGUUCCCUUCAGUGCCGGCACGCAGCGGGCCCCGCGCUACAGCACGGGUCGCUGAGGCUGCGGCGCUGCCUGGAGCUGGAGGCGUGAUGGCUGCGCCGGCGGCCUCUGCGGCGCCGCCGAAAAAGAUCGUAGCACCCACCGUGUCUCAGAUUAACGCGGAGUUCGUCACCCAGUUAGCAAAUAAAUAUUGGGCUCCGCAUGCGAAGAAAAAACUGUCUUUUGAUUCAAAGGUUAUUGAAGAUGUAUAUGCAAAAGAAAUUGUCAAAUCAAAAUUUGCAAUUAGAAAGAUAAUGCUUCUUGAAUUCAGCCAGUACCUUGAAAAUUACCUAUGGAUGAAUUAUUCUCCAAAGGUGUCCAGUAAGGCAUACUUAAUGUCAAUCUGCUGCAUGGUGAAUGAGAAGUUCAGAGAGAAUGUCCCUGCGUGGGAGACAUUCAAAAAGAAGUCAGAACACUUUCCCUUCUUUUUCAAAUGCAUUCUGGAAGCAUCACUGGUUGAGAAUGACAAUGAAUUCUCUCUACAUGAACAGACAAUUCUCCUACUUUUCCUUGAUCAUUGCUUCAAUAGUUUGGAAGUGGAUUUGAUAAGAGGUCAGGUGCAGCAGCUCAUUUCGUUACCAAUGUGGAUGGCUCUACAACCUAAACGACUGGAGCAGGAGCUGAAAAAGACACCAAAACUAAGAAAAUUCUGGAAUCUCAUUAAGAAAAAUGAUGAGAAAAUGGACGAGGAGGCAAGAAUGCAAGCAUAUCGAGAGAGAAGAUUUCUUUCACAGCUCAUUCAGAAAUUCAUUUCUGUGCUAAAAUCAAUACCUGUCUCAGGUCCUAUUUCUAUGGACAAAGUUCAUUAUUGUGAGAGAUUCAUUGAACUCAUGAUAGAUCUUGAGGCUUUGCUUCCCACACGACGCUGGUUUAAUACAGUAUUGGAUGACUCCCAUCUUGUUGUUCACUGCUACCUGUCUAGUCUUGCCAAGAGAGAGAAGGAGGGUCAUCUCUUCUGUCAGCUUUUAGAUAUGCUUAAAUUCUACACUGGCUUUGAAAUCAAUGAUCAAACUGGAAAUGCUUUGACAGAGAAUGAGAUGACAACUAUUCACUAUGACAGAAUUACUUCUUUACAGAGAGCAGCAUUUGCACACUUCCCGGAGUUAUAUGACUUUGCGCUUUCAAAUGUAGCUGCAGUAGAUACUCGUGAUGCACUGGUGAAGUUAUUUGGACCACUCAGCUCAAACAUGCUCCACCAGGUGGCAUCGUACCUCUGCUUGCUGCCUUCCCUUCCAGAAGGGAAUGAUACCAGCUACGAGAAGGAGUUUCUGCUAGAGCUUCUGGUUUCCCGUCAUGAGCGACGAAUAUCUCAAAUUCAGCAACUCAAUCAGAUGCCUCUUUAUCCCACAGAGAAGAUUAUUUGGGAUGAAAACAUUGUCCCAACUGAAUAUUAUUCUGGAGAAGGCUGUCUUGCACUUCCCAAACUGAAUCUACAGUUUCUGACUCUUCACGAUUACUUGCUGAGGAACUUCAAUCUCUUUCGCUUAGAGUCGACUUAUGAGAUCAGACAGGACAUUGAAGAUAGUGUCAGUAGGAUGAAACCAUGGCUGUCAGAAUAUGGAGGUGUGGUCUUUGGUGGAUGGGCUAGGAUGGCACAGCCCAUUGUGUCUUUCACAGUGGUGGAGGUUGCAAAGCCCAAUAUUGGUGAAAACUGGCCCAUGCGAGUACGAGCAGAUGUCACAAUUAAUUUGAAUGUUAGAGAUAGCAUCAAAGAUGAAUGGGAAGGUCUACGGAAACAUGAUGUCUGCUUUUUGGUUACGGUACGUCCCACGCAACCUUACGGUACUAAGUUUGACCGAAGACGACCUUUUGUUGAGCAGACUGGACUGGUGUAUGUUAGAGGCUGUGAAAUCCAGGGCAUGUUGGAUGAGAAAGGACGUGUUAUUGAAGAGGGACCUGAACCCAAACCGAGACUUAAAGGCGAUUGCAGAACAUACAGAGUAUUUCUGGACCCAAACCAGUAUCAACAAGACAUGACCAAUACAAUCCAGAAUGGAGCAGAAGAUGUAUAUGAGACUUUUAAUAUAAUAAUGAGAAGAAAACCAAAAGAAAACAAUUUCAAGGCUGUUCUGGAAACUAUUAGAAAUUUGAUGAACACAGAUUGUGUGGUUCCUGACUGGCUACAUGACAUCAUUCUUGGAUAUGGAGACCCAAGUAGUGCACACUAUUCAAAAAUGCCAAAUCAGAUUGCGUCUCUAGAUUUUAAUGACACCUUCCUGUCCAUUGAUCACUUAAAAGCUAGUUUUCCUGGGUACAAUAUUAAAGUGACUGUUGACAAUCCAGAACUACAAGUACCUCCCUUCAGGAUAACUUUCCCAAUAACAGGAGGUAGAGGAAAGAAAAGAAAAGAGGAUGAGAAUGAAGAAAAAUCUGAAGAAGCUAAAACACUGAUUGUAGAGCCUCACAUCAUUCCAAACAGGGGACCAUAUCCAUAUAAUCAACCAAAACGCAAUACUAUUCAAUUCACCCAUACUCAGAUUGAAGCUAUACGUGCAGGAAUGCAACCUGGACUAACUAUGGUAGUGGGUCCACCUGGUACAGGGAAAACUGAUGUUGCAGUCCAGAUAAUAUCCAAUCUGUAUCAUAAUUUCCCAGAACAACGAACUCUUAUAGUUACCCACUCUAAUCAGGCCUUGAACCAGCUGUUUGAAAAAAUCAUGGCUCUAGACAUUGAUGAGCGCCAUCUCCUGCGUCUGGGUCAUGGAGAAGAGGAAUUAGAGACAGAGAAAGAUUUCAGCAGGUAUGGAAGAGUGAAUUAUGUUCUGGCUCGAAGACUUGAACUCCUGCGAGAGGUUGGGCGAUUGCAAGAGAGUCUUGGUGUCCCAGGAGAUGUUUCUUAUACUUGUGAAACAGCUGGCCACUUUUUCUUAUACCAAGUAAUGUCACGUUGGGAAGAAUAUAUCAGCAAAGUGAAAGUUAAAGGUGGAAAAUUACCAGAUGUUACAGACGUGUCCAGUUUCUUUCCCUUUCAUCAGUAUUUUGCAAAUGCUCCUCAACCAAUUUUCAGAGGCAGAUCCUAUGAAGAAGAUAUGGAGAUUGCUGAAGGAUGUUUUAGACAUCUGAAGAAAAUCUUCACUCAGCUUGAGGAAUUCAGAGCAUUUGAACUUCUCCGCAGUGGCCUGGAUAGAUCCAAAUACCUCUUGGUGAAAGAAGCAAAAAUCAUUGCUAUGACUUGUACCCACGCCGCUCUGAAACGACAUGACCUGGUUGAAUUAGGCUUCAAAUAUGACAACAUCUUAAUGGAAGAGUCUGCACAGAUUCUGGAGAUAGAAACCUUUAUACCUCUCCUUUUACAGAACCCUCAGGAUGGAUUCAGUCGUUUGAAGCGGUGGAUUAUGAUUGGUGACCAUCACCAGUUGCCACCAGUCAUUAAGAACAUGGCCUUUCAAAAAUACUCUAACAUGGAGCAGUCCCUCUUCACACGGUUUGUUCGUGUUGGAGUGCCGACUGUUGAUUUGGAUGCACAAGGAAGAGCAAGAGCAAGUUUAUGUAACCUCUACAACUGGCGUUAUAAAAAUCUGGGUAAUCUGCCUCACGUGCAGCUUAUGCCAGAGUUCAGAACAGCCAAUGCUGGGUUUUUAUAUGACUUCCAACUUAUAAACGUAGAAGACUUCAAUGGUGUGGGAGAGUCUGAACCCAAUCCUUAUUUCUAUCAGAAUCUUGGUGAAGCAGAAUACGUUGUGGCAGUUUUCAUGUAUAUGUGCCUGCUUGGUUAUCCUGCAGACAGGAUAAGUAUCCUGACAACGUACAAUGGACAGAAACAUCUGAUCCGAGAUGUCAUUAACCAGCGCUGUGGGAAUAAUCCAUUGAUUGGACGGCCAAACAAGGUAACAACUGUGGACAGAUUUCAAGGUCAACAAAAUGAUUAUAUUCUCCUUUCACUAGUGCGUACCAAAGCUGUAGGCCACCUUAGAGAUGUCCGACGAUUAGUUGUUGCCAUGUCAAGAGCCAGGCUUGGGCUUUAUAUCUUCGCAAGAGUAUCGCUCUUUCAGAACUGUUUUGAGCUAACUCCAGCUUUCAGCCAGCUCACAGCUAGACCGCUUCACCUCCAUAUAAUUCCCACAGAAUGUUUUCCAGCAGCAAGACAGAAUGGGGAACCACCGGCUCACCAAAUACAUGUUAUCAAGAAUAUGCCUCAAAUGGCUAACUUUGUUUACAACAUGUAUAUGCACAUGAUACAGAGUACACGCCACUACCAACAGCGUUUAUUGCCCCCACCUGCCAUGGUUGAAGAGCCUGAAACUACUCAAACUCAAGAGUCUGAAGCAGAAGUUGAGGUGCACGGUAUUCGGGAAGAUGCAGAAGAAAAUAAGGUAGAAGAAGUAGUAGUAAAGGAAGAAGAAUUGAAAGCAUCAGAAGUGGAUGAACAUCGAACAAUGCCGGAACAUCCAGGAAGAGACAGUGACAGUGAAGACAGUGAACCUGAGGAUGAGAAUGAAAAGUGAUCCAAGUGAUGUUUGUACUCUUACUUAUUUUGGAAGACAAAUGGGAAAAUGCAGUUAGAAAUACGAUUGCUAUUUUUACAUUGACUUUUUAAAUGAUUCCAUGUGUGAUGUAACCUUUUUUUCGUAUUUUCACUGAAUGCUUUCUGGGCAAAAAAGAUGAUCGGCAGUCAUUCUACUGAGUUCUUAUCAGUAAUGUAAUUUGUUAAUUCACCUCAAAUGAUAUACAUAAGUUUUUUAGUAAAGAUGCUUUUACACAAAUUUGGAUUUUUUUUCUUAAGUCAUUGGCCUUUAAUUCAGUUACUGAGUUAGCCGUUAAACUUCACUGAUUACCUAUAUUUUAGUAUUGAUCAGACACUAUAGUUUCCUCAGUAUUUUUUGAUGGAGAAUUUCUUACACAGAACAGUGUUUAUAUACUCAGGCUUUGGCUUGAGUUUAGUAAGCUAUUUAAUUGCAAAUCUGAGAAACGGGAAUUACCAUGGGACUUUGAAACUUUGAAAGUUUUAUUGAAUUGGGAAUUUAGCAAGCUCUCAGAAUGUCAUAAGGUCCAGGUACUUGUAGCAACUGUUUCAUUGUUGACUGCUGCUGCUGUUAAUACUUGCCCCAUCAGGAAAGCAAAGUAAAGGAGUUCCUUGAAUGCAGGAUUCACAAAACAUGUAGUAUCAAUAUUAAAGAUGUAAUGGGUGAGUGUGUUUUCUAGAGUAAUUUCUAAAUGUACAUCUUUCAUAAACUGAUCAGUGAAAGCUUUUUCCCUAGUUUGUUAAGAAUAUCUGCCAACUGCAAAUUAUCCAGUGGCUUAGGAAGCUUUAUGAAUUCCCAAAUUAAAUUUUCAAAUGAAACAGUAGCUGUAGGAACAUCUUUACUGACAAAGGGAAAAUAUUUGGUUUUCAAGUGUUGCAGUUCUGAAGUUGCCAGAAGAAUUUCUUCAUCAAAUUGACCAGAAAUUCAUUAACUUACAAGCUUUUAUUACCACGUUUGAAGAUCUUUAUCACAGAAUUUGAAGGUGUUGGAAGGGAUCUCAAGAUUGAGUCCAACUCCCCUGCUAAAGCAGGUACCCUACAGUAAGUUGCACAGACCCCAGAAGGGUCUUGAAUAAUUUUUUUUUGACUUUUUAUUCACACAAAAAAGAAAAACUACUCUUUUGAGUGGAACUAUGUUAUUUCAUUAGAUGUUCUGUGUGGAAGAUAAUGUAAAUUCUCUGCUGUUGGAGGACAAACAGCAGUGUGUUUAAUAUUAGGAUGGUAAGCUUUAUGUGGUAACAUUCAUGUGUUCAAGCAGGACAGAAUAAUACUGGGCCUUCAGGCAACAUGCAACAAGCUCAGCUGACGUCUGUCAUCUCUGUUUUCCAAACCACUUUAUAAAUAUUUGAGUCAGGAAGUCAUUUAUUAUGCUUCAGAAUUCUGGGAAAGAAAUUAGUAAAGGAUUCUGGAGGGUUUGGGUUUUUUUGUUUGUUUGGGUUUUUUUGGUCUAAAAUGGAUGGUUUAAUUGACAGGGAUUCCACCAAUAAAUACUACAGGGAAAAAGCAACCAAAUCUAAAAAAGACUGUAAAGAUGUCAAUUUGUACAUGGUUUGCAGUGUAAUCUUUCUGUUGGUGUAUGAGCACAUCCAGCCUGUGUAAUGCUGUGUUCCAUGUGCAAGCCUAUAUAUCUGGUCUAUUCUGACUCAUGGGGUCCUCUUAGAACAGCCAAGUUACAGUCAUCAAAUGUGUUGCCCUAAAAUGGUGAACAGUGUUGUAAUGGAGCUCGUUGCUGGCUAGCAUGAAAGCAGAGGCAACUGAAUCAAAAACAAUUGCAAAAAUAUUAACAGCCUUAAUAUACAUACUUUUCUGAUGGACCAAGCACUGCCUAUGCUAGAGAUACAAAGUUUUGCAGAGUUGACUUGAGCUGAGCAAGUCGUUGCUGCUACUUUCCAUGUGCUGAACUUUUACACUUUUCAGUGAUAGCAAAGUAUUUUCAAAUAUGGAAAGUCAUGUUUAUCAUAUAGCAGUGGUUAUGAAGUUCUUUGUAUCUUUGUACUUGUGGAAUACAAGGUUAGGUUUGGUGGCUUUUUUUUUUUUCUUUUGUAAAUAUUCUGCAUUUAAUUUUUGGUAAAGGAUGAACUUUGUCUUUCACACCAAAAUAUGUUCAGUUUGGGUGUUUUAUUGACAUUUCCUUACAAGAAAGAAUUGAUGGGAGAAGUGAAACAGCCUAAAAAGGUAAUUUUGAUCUACAAAGUUUGUCAAGGGGGGAAGGACAAUGCAAGCUGGAGGUCCUAAUGAGCAGUUUACACUAUGAUGACAUCCAUAAACUCCAUUUAAAAAAAAAAAGAAAACAUUUUUCUUCUAGCCUGCUCUGAAUUUUCAUUAAUUCUGCCAUAUGUGUUGGAUAAGGUUCUAACUUUUUCCAAAAGGUAAAAAAAGCAUCCUGCCACUUCACCUCCUUCUGUGAAUGGGUCUUUGCUGUUUCAUCGGACAUAAAAGGUUAUCAGUCCUCAAGGAAAGUAUCCUGAUGAGGAAUAGAACUUAAGCUUUGCUGACAGGUAGAGUAAUUUUGUUCCUUGAAAUCAGACAUUAAAAAAAAAAAAAAUGCAGUCAAUGUUGCUCACAUUAUUUGAUAAACAUGACAUACAAUUCUACUGAAACAAGAAUUAGA